AACUAUCUAGAUUUAAUCCAACAUCUUUGGUUGAAUGAGUGACGUAUCCGGAAGUUUUGGCGUCUAGCACAAACUUCCUGAUACGUCACACACAAAAUAAAAAAAUACAACGAAACGCUUUGCAAGAAUCCUUUCAUUGGCUCAAAUUUCCGGUCAACUUUUCAGGAACCAUGGGAGUUUCUUCUUUCCCGAGUUAAGUGCAGGCUUUCAAACAAGGCAUUAACAGAAAUGAUGGACCAGGGGAAUGGGACGUAACGUUACUAAGUAGAUUAUCAACAACCGUCGUUUUCUCCACUGUAUUUAGUGAGCGUUGUCGUGUCGGUACAGUAGCUAACAUAUACGGUCACAGCUGUUAUUGUAACGUUAGUUCGUCGUUUCAGAUGCGUUGCUCCGCUUGUAAUGACGUGGUAAUAGCCGCUUCUCUGUCAAACGGAUGCUACUGUCUUCAUACUGUCGCAGUCAUUACAAGGAACCCGAGGAGGAUAUAUAUCCUGUAACACUCUCCGCGGGGCCAGUGACAGCCUGCUGUAAUCACUCCACAACCUCUUGUCCAGGUGUUGGACUGGGAAGCAGCAGAGCAUGGAAGAUGAGGUGUUUGACCAGAUUGUGUCCGUGUUUAACAAGCUGGUGUCGUGGGUCGCUGCUGGUGCCAUGGUGUUCGGAGGGGUGGUGCCCUACAUCCCCCAGUACAGAGACAUCCGCCGGACCCAGAAUGCAGAGGGCUUCUCCACCUAUGUGUGCCUAGUCCUCCUGGUGGCAAACAUCCUACGAAUACUCUUUAGGUUUGGCCACUACUUUGAGACACUGCUGUUGUGGCAGAGCAUCAUCAUGAUUGCCACCAUGCUCAUCAUGCUCAACCUGUGCACCGAUGUCCGCAUGGCCACUGAGCUCAGCACCAAGAGGCGCUCCUUCAUAGCCACAGACAAUAAGGACGAGGAGGUCAGAAUCCCUAAGAGGCUCUUUCUGGACUUUGACUGGAACUACUUCUGGUCAUGGAGUCACUUUGUGGACUAUGUGCAGUGCGUGGUGGCCUUCACGCUGGUGGCGGUCUAUAUCACCUACCUCCUCCUGGACUCUGUGAUGUUUGUGGAGACCCUCGGCUUCCUGGCCGUCUUCACUGAAGCAAUGCUGGGCACACCGCAGCUCUAUUGCAAUUACCAGAACAAGUCCACUGAGGGCAUGAGGAACCCCAACAGAAGCAGGUGUAAGAGCUUUGCGUCCGGGCAUGGAGACACACCAUAGGCAACGGAAGUUUCAAGAAGCUCUGGUCUACUCGGAUAUUAAAAAAAAAGUUACAAAAGCAUUGAGAUAUUUUGCCAAUUUCACCUUUAGUUUGCAUCAUCGGAACAAAUGCAGCCCUGGGGUAUUGCAGUGCAAAGUAAUGCGUAACCGUUUUUUUUCUUUCAUAUGUAUCAAAGGUGACCUUCCAGAGCUUACUCAGAAAUGUGUUUGAUUACUGGCUCCUCAGACUGAGACAAAGUCACACACUAUAUAGAUCAGGCUUCGUCAGCUGCUACGUUAGUGUGUGUCACUGUGUGUUUCAUAUACCCACAUACAUUCAGAUAGUUUUUAUUAUAUUACUAUUAUGUUACUAUUCAACACUAUUGAACUCUAAAAAACCUUUGUAUAUACAUUGCUGAGAUAGUAAGUGCUGUCUAAGCUGCCUAGCGUUUCUAUAAAUGUUAGAUGAAAUCAGAUUAUGGGUAUUGACUAAUCAAUUGGAGCUACUAAUACAAGUCCACCUCUUUAAUAUAAAGCCAUCGAGAGACUCAUGGUGAUUGUCAAACUAACCUCAGGUCCCUUUUUUGACCAGCACACAUUAGUUGAUUCUCUUAAUAGUCAGCUCAGUAUUUGAAUAUGUGGGCUUUGCUUUAUGAUUUGGUACAACAGCCUUUUUUUUUUUUUUUACAUCUGAUCAAGAUGUAUC